UCGCUGGGGCUGUGAGUCUAUCGGAUUCACCGACCACCAAAUACAUUCAAUUAGGGUUCCUAACCAGACCACUGCAAAACGCUGACGUCCAGAUGGAGCAGAAACACCUAUCUUGUUGUGGCUUAGUAUGUGAUCAAUUGCCUACCCUGUCUGUAAAAUAUCCAUGGUUAGUUGCUCAAAACCUCGAAGAUGAUACCAAAGACCAGAUUUUCUAUACCAUGCACGAUCCACUGUCUCGUCAUCAUCGGUGUCAAUUCCCUGAGUUGUUCGGUAGAUGUAUACGAGGGUGUUUCCAUGGAUGGGUGAUUCUGUCGUCGAACCAUCCACACAACGUCAUGUGGUCUCUUUGGAACCCCGUGACCUCUAUGACUAUACGUCUCCCCCCAUUGGUUUUGAAGGAUGGAGAUUUUGAAUCAAUUAAACAAUGCUGUUUGUCGUCCCCUCCUAGUGAUCCUACUUCAGUUCUCAUGUUAACAAGAACCAAAACACCUACCAUUGUUUUUUGUCGGCUAGACCGUAAAAGAAAGAGGUUAAGAUGGAAGGAAAUGACAUAUGCCAAACAACUCAGGAGCAUAACCGGUGACGAUGGUUUCUUACAUUGCCUAACUUGUUUCAAUGGUAAAGUAUAUGCCUUGAAUAGUGGUGGGCGUAUUGUUAUACAAGUUGACAUUGUAGUUAAGGAUAAAGAAGUUGUGAUAAGUCUAUUGGCAUUUGGAAAACUCCCGUUGCCUUUCAACAAUGGUUCUUUCACCAUGAAGUCUUUUCUAAGAGGGUUUUGUAACGACUUGUUCCAUAUCAAAUUAGGUUUUGAUGAGAUGGCAAAGACAACGCCCGGUGUUGUUUAUUUGUAUAAAUUGGACGUGACUAACAUGAUCUGGGAAGAAAUGGAAGACCUCAAAGACGCGAUAUUUUUUUUAGAUCUUGCUCAUGAUUGCUCCGUAUUUUACCGUGAUGCGAUCGCCCAUGAGUUAGGGGGUUAUAUACACAUUCUUGGCAAGGUGGGCAGCAAAGUAAUAUACUCUUAUGAUGUCAAAGAUAAAACCAUCUCCCUAUCUUCUAAGUCGUAUUUAGAGCAAUCAACCCGUUUGUCACUGUGGGAAUGCCGGUUACAUGGUGGUGAUCAGGGAGAAAUCGAGUGUGGAACUGAUUUUAAACUGGCAGAUGAGAUCAUGGAAAUACCAGUUAGGGAUGACAAGGUUGAUAUCAAUGACACGAGGAAUGAAGAGACACACAUUCUCAAUAUUCCGCCUGAUGUUUUGAGAACGAUUCUUAUGGAGUUUUGUGGUUGUGUCGAAUACCUUAACUUCCGUGCCACAUGCAAACAGUUCCAAUUAGCCGCACCUAUAAUUCGAUGGAGUGAAGAAACAUCACUAAGGAGAUCGCAGAUAUAUUCAUUGAAUUCACCAUGGUUGUUGGUGUUCGACAAACAUCAAGGCAUUAUCACUUUUACAGAUCCUAUGUUUGGUGACAAGUACUUUAUAAAAACGCCUCAAAAAUUGAUUGGUGAUUUGCGAAUAUACUGUUCCAGGUACGGUUGGUUGCUUUUGUAUAAACUAAACGGACCUGGAGAAAUGUUCUUCUUUAACCCCUUCACGAAAGAUAUCCACGAGCUUCCAAAUGCGCCUUAUCUAGAUAGCUUAUUUUUCUUAGCACCACCAACUUCCCCUAAUUGUAUGGUUGCUGGAUUAUCUGCAUCAUUGCCAAUGAAUUUUUUCAUCUACUCGUUAACCUCUGAAUCGUCAUCUUGGGCAAGGUAUCGUAUGGAUUUUGGUGAUACCACUCCACAUUCCUUUCUUUUUUCAACAAUCUUUGCCACGUGUACUUUUGCCUUGAAUCAAGGAGCGCUUAAUCUUAUCUCGGCAAAUGAUGAAAGCAAUGUGUUUUGGAACGCUGUUGUAGCCGAAGCCCCAAGAGGAAGCUUCGCACAAUAUUAUCUAGCAAAUUGUGAUGAACAUCUUCUACUAGUUGUUAUGGAUGAUGAGUUGGGAGAGAAUGUUGAGGUAUUGGAGAUGAAGUUCUCUACACAAGAAUGGGUGAAAAUAGAUAGUAUAGGAAGGCAUAUGAUAUGCAUUAGUGGUACUACGUGUUUCUGCAUGGAAGCCAAAACGCCGGAAAUGGAGAACAAAAUCUAUUUUCCGCGAUUAGAUUCUAAGUAUGGGAAUAUAGUGUUCUAUUCCCUUGAAACCCGCAGGUAUCACACAUUCAAUGGCAGAAACAUCAUCCAAGAAUGUCUCAAGGAUUUCAUUGGAACAAAAUACCAUGUCUACCCUCAUGUCUGGAUUCAACCAAGUUGGUCGUAAGCAGUUUACUU